AUGAGAAAAGAAUCCUUUUUAUUUCUUAUCUACACAUUAGUCUUGUUGAUAAACUGCUUUUUUUACUAUGGAUUUAAAGCCAAAAAGAAUAAACAUUUAAGGAACUUAUUAAAAACUUUGACAGAUAGAAUUGAGACAAACGACGGAGAAAAUGAAUAUGCACGCUUAACUCAAACACCAGUUAUAAAUAUGAAUUUAGAAAAAACAAUUUUUAAGACAUCUUUGCAAGAUAUUCUUGUUGAGUCUUAUGCAGAAAAGAUUAAAGAUAUUAUAUCAAAGAAUGAUUACGAAAUAAAUAAGGAGAAAGAAAAAUUGGAUGAAAUAAAAUAUUAUAAUGAUAAUUUAAAUAAAAUAAACAAUAUAUUAAUAGAACGAGCAAAUGAAGAAAAAAACAAAAAAACAAAACAUAAAAAUAUUCAAUUGCAAAAUAAAUUACGAAAUAAAUAUUUUCAUUAUUUACAAGAUGAAGAUAAUGGAUUGAAUAUAUUCCCUGUUUAUAAAAUGUUUGAAUCCAAUCCAUUACAUUUUAAUAAUAAUAUGAUCAAUUCAUUAUUGCCACAUGAAUUAUUAGAUAAAGGUAUUUUGUCAAAUAAACAAAUUUUAAAAAAUUCAGAAAAAAUGAUUUAUUAUCCUGAAAGGGGAAAUACAUUAUAA